GGUGUUAUUAGAAGCUUUUCUCCCGAUUGCGAAUCGCGAUCUCCGCUUAAUGUUUUCAAAAGUCAUGCAUUCCUGAACUGAACGAAUCAGUUCGCAAUUAGACUUUGCUGAUAGUGUUACUAAAAAAAAAAAGAAAUAAAAGAUAUUGUGCUGAAAGAUGAAACUAUUUAAAGCUUUGCUUGUAGUUAUUGCGGCCCUUAUCUCGCUGACCAGUGUAGCUGCAUUUAAAGAUGCUAUUUGCGCUUUACCUGGUGGCGCUAAUGGCGAUGGAAAGAUAGCAUGCCUUGCCUACAUUCCAUCUUGGUCUUAUCGAGCGGGCUCCAAUGAAUGCGUCCAAUUCAUAUAUAGCGGUUGUGGCGGCAACGAAAAUCGUUUUUCAACACAGUAUGAAUGCGAAAAUAAAUGUAAAGAGUAAUUAAAUAAAAAAUUAUUGCCUUCAAUUGCUUCUACUUUUAAAAAAAUUUUAUUUUAAACUACGUAAAUACAUAGGUGUAAACUAAAAUUGUUUAUUAGCUAAAUAUAUAAUAUAAUUAUGAGC